AUGGCCCGCGUGCUGGCGGCGGCGGCCGCUGCAGGCGCCACAGGACUUUUAUCCAGAGUCCAAACUCCAUUUCUAGCAGGGAAAAACUUUUCUACGUCACAGUCCCUGAAUCAAGUAGCAGAUAAUGUGUGGAACCUGGGUCGGCUGAAUCAUGUGGCCAAUGCAGUGCCAGAUUUGGAAAAGGCCUCUGCAUUUUAUAAGAAUAUUCUGGGAGCCCAGGUGGAUAAUAUACAUGAAGCUGUGAUGGAUUUGAAGAACAAGAAGAUCUGUAGUCUGACUGAAGAAGCCAAAAUAGGAGCACAUGAAAAACCGGUGAGUUUUCUGCAUCCUAAGGACUGUGGUGGAGUCCUUGUAGAACUGGAGCAAGCUUGAUUUAUAUUUGUAAGAAACAUAAUUAAUUGACACAAAAACCUUUAUCAAACACUAUGAAAUGUAUUAUGUUACUGCUCUAGUACUUCAAAUU